GUCUAGCGGUUUUCUAUUAUGAUAUUUCUGCACGCGGAACGGUUACAUCAAUAGUACAUUCGCUGAAGUGAAUAAUAUAAAGUAGCCAUCUCCGCAUCUAAAUUCGUAUUAACUGCGUACUUUAGCCCUUCCAGUGACAUUAUUGAGUUGUGCCGACGUGAUUACAUCAGUAACUAUGGCGAAAGUGAACGAAAUCGUCUACGGUAUACACAAUACUGAAUUAGGAAGUAUCAUAAUAGCCACCACGGCGAAAGGCUUAUGCUGGCUGGGAUUCAUGGUGACCAAAGAAAAUGGUGCAUACAAAGGUGAUGGCUAUAGCCGCAUGAUGCAGUUCUACCCUGAAGCAACCGUUGAGGCAGAAACCAAGUGCGCAUGCACACUUCCAACUGCACAUGCAACCGCGGACUGUGGGAGUUGUUUUGCAUCAGAAGCACAAACGCCCACCGCCAAGCUUCUAGCACUACCCCUCGAUCUACGAGGCACUGCAUUCCAAAUGCAAGUGUGGGAUGCUCUGCUGGACAUACCCUGGGGAGCCACUCGCUGCUAUGGUGAUAUUGCCAACCAAAUAGGCAGGCCCAAGGCAAGCAGGGCUGUGGGUACAGCCGUCGGACAGAACCCCGUAUCUAUUCUUGUGCCGUGUCAUCGCGUGCUACAGAAGUCCGGUCAGUUGGGUAACUAUGGGUGGGGGUUGACGCUUAAGGAGUCUCUUCUGAGGCAGGAGGGCGUGUUAGUAUAGAGCAAAUAUAGAUCACCUUGUAUUCGUGUAUUGCAGCCCAUGUGUGAAUUUUUGAAUAGAAGAAUAGCUUAUAAAUACGCAUAAUGACUCUUACUUCAGCCAACUGCUCCGCAAAAAUUGCAAUCAGAGAGUUUGGUCAAUUUCACAAUCAG